UUUUUAUAAUCACACAUGGCUUCGCCUCUUCGUUCUAAUAGCACUGAGCAUAAUACAACUGAAAAUGGUAGCCCUUUACGUUAUAAAAGCAGAUACAGUGAAAGAUUCAAGUCCUUAGUGACAGAUUCGCCACCCAGGGAUCCCAUUAGAACACCUGAAAGAACGACGGCUAUCAGUUACGGUAGCCCUUUAAGAAAAACCAGUGAGAAAUACAGUUCAAUCGAAAUAAAGAAUGAAGAUCGUGGGCAGUGGAGAGAAGCUGUUGUGAAGCAGGAAGAGGAAGUGAAAGAAGUAGCCAUCAAAGAAUCAAUUCAACAAAGAAAUAAAGACCAAACAGAAGAAAAAAUUGAAAAGAAACGAAAAGAUAGCCAUAGUAACAAUACAUUGCCUCAUUACAUGCAAGGCACUUAUGCAUAUGAGAACCGGUUUAAUUCAAGAAAAGAAGAGAGAAAGCAAAAGGAUAUAUUAAAGCCUCGCCCUGGUGGAAUCACGAAACGUGUUGGAAUGUCCAAGAUACCCAAAUACAAGUCUACGACGUCUAUUAACGCAAUUGAAGAAAUUAAAAAUGAAAUGUCGCCAGACGAUGUUUAUGUUCCCAUGGCUGCACGUAUAAAAAUGUUUGAAAAAGGCUUAGGCAAUGGUUCAAAUAAGGCACCCGCAUCACGCCCUACAGCAACAACCUCAACAAAGAAUAGUCGCUCUAAUGAAUCACCACCUAAAACCACUCCUUCUAAUCAUACUACUUCUACAACAACUACGACUGCCACAACUAAUACUCCUACAGUUGUCGCAAGAUCAAAGAGCACUCAAUCUUCUACAAACACAUCUGUGCCUAAUUAUGCAAGAGAAACAAUUGCUACUCUUAGAAGAUCAAAUAGCCACCAUAAAGAUCAAUCUAGUCAAGAAAGUCAGUCUAAGCCUAAGAAAGAACAGAGACAUAUUGAAGUCAAGCCUUUUCGCUUUGCAACCGAUGCGCGAUCUCAACAUCGUCAAGCUGCUUUUAAUGAAAAAUUAAAGAUAUGGAAACAAAAAGAAAAUGAGCAAAAGAAGCAACAAGUUGAGCCAAAACGAGGAACAAAGAGAAAGUUAGAGAAUGAACAAGAGCUGACUAAUAACAAAAGACGUUAACGACUUGACAAUAAAAUCACCCAUUGUAUUUAUUUAUUAGAAUAAGAAGGGUCUUUUUGAAAAAAAGUUAUUGUUAUGAGAGAAAGCACUAUAUUAAGCAUGUUCUUUGUUCAAAGCGUCAACAAAUAUCAUCGUCUGUAUUAAAUUGUUUGAUUCAUCUUAAAACCCCCUUUCAAGCACACUCGCUGAAUCGGCAGUGAGCGGCGUUUUAAUUAUUUGCCACUCCUGUAUCAAACAUCCAUUCAGCUGCCAAAUUGAUGAACCUUCUCUUUAUAACAACGUAAGAAUGCCGCAUCCAUCCAUCCAUCCAUCCAU